CCAGCCUGAAGAGUUUCCAGGGUGUAGGCCACCUUGCCCUGCCCACCUCUAGUUUGGGAAGUGGGUGCCUGUGCCUUUAAAUUCUCAGCAGGUUGAAACGGCUGAUGACAUCACUGGUCCCCAGGAGCGGAGGAGCUGGAGCCAGAGCCUGAGGGAGCCCGGGCUGCCGAGGGCUGCAGACAUGGAGGGCCACAGCAGCAGUGGCAGCAGGAGGCCAGGGACCCAGGCUGGCCUGGGCCCCCUACCCAUGCCCCAUGGGGUUUCCCAAACUGGAGCACCCAUCAAGGUGGACUCAAGUUUUCAGCUCCCAGCCAAGGAGAAUGCAACCCCAGUACCCUUGGAACCAAGGCUGGCUCUGGCACCUAUGGGGCCACGAGCCACUCUGCCACCUUCCUCAGAGGGGCCAAGGCUGGCCCUGGCAUCUUCUCAAUCCAUCCUGGCUCCACUGUCCACCUCUGGAGGGCAGAAAACAACUCCUGCCAGUCGCAGCUCCAGCCUGGCUCCAACAUCUGUGGGCCAGUUGGUGAUGUCUGCCUCUGCUGGGCCGAAGCCUCCUCCAGCAACUUCAGGCUCAGUCCUGGCUCCAACAUCCCUGGAGCAGCUGGUGAUGUCUGCCUCGGUCAGGCCAAGGCCGCCCACAGCCACCCUGGGGCCCAGGCUGGCUCCAAUGUCCAGAGACCAGAAGCAGGUGCCACCUGCCUCCAUGGGACCCAAGCCAGCACUGGCCACUUCAGGUCUGAGCCUGGCCCUGACAUCUGAGGAGCAGUCCCCACAGCCUCCCACCAACUCUUCUCCAGUGCCCAGUCCAGUUCUGUUGUCCUCUCAGGAACAGACCCUGGCUCCAGCAUCCAUGACAUCAGCCCCGGCUUCUGUGGGACGGACACCAGCCAAACUGAGGGAUGCCCUAGUCCCUAGACCUCUCCCCACUUCUGAAGGGCAUCUCCAGCCACCAGCUCAGGCAUCCAGUCCUGUGGGCUCCCCAUCCUUGAUCCAAACUCCACCAGACCCCUGGAUCUCCCCUUCCUUCAGAGCCCGGCCUGAGGUCCCCCGAAGCAGCCCUGAGAAUCCUGUUGUGCCCCGUCCACCCCAGACCCUGCCCCUGGAUGUGGGCCAAGGUCCUCCAGAGCCUGGCAUCCGCUCCCCAGGACUUCUCUCCCCCACCUUUAGGCCAGGAGCCCCCUCAGCCCAGACCAUGCCCCCACCUCUGCCUAAGCCACCCCGGUCUCCCAGCCGAUCCCCCAGCCGCUCCCCUAACCGCUCCCCCAACCGCUCCCCCUGUAUACCCCCAGCCCCUGAGAUGACCUUCCCCAAGCCUGGCACCCAGGGUGCAGGGCCUUGUGGGUGCCUAAGCCCCAGCCUUCAGACCCAAGAAAUCCCAGCCCCAGUCACCACCUCUCUUUCUACAUCGACCUCGUCGUCAUCCUCCUCUUGGUCAGCUCAGCCUACCUUCAAGAGCGACCCUGGCUUCUGGAUCACUGUGGUCACGUGGAACGUGGGCACCGCCAUGCCCCCUGACGACGUCACGUCCCUCCUCCACCUGGGCAGUGGCGGCGAUGACAGUGACAGGGCAGACAUGAUCGCCAUAGGGUUGCAGGAAGUGAACUCCAUGAUCAACAAGAGGCUCAAGGACGCGUUCUUCACAGACCAGUGGAGCGAGCUCUUCAUGGACGCGCUGGCACCUUUCAACUUCGUGCUGGUGAGUACUGUGCGGAUGCAGGGCGUCAUCCUGCUGCUGUUCGCCAAGUACUACCAUCUGCCCUUCCUGCGGGACGUACAGACCGAUUGCACGCGCACUGGCCUAGGUGGCUAUUGGGGCAACAAGGGUGGAGUGAGUGUGCGACUGGCGGCCUUCGGGCACAUGCUCUGCUUCCUGAAUUGCCACCUGCCGGCGCACAUGGACAAGGCGGAGCAGCGCAAGGACAACUUCCAAACCAUUCUCAACCUCCAGCAGUUCCAGGGGCCCGGGGCACAAGGCAUCCUGGAUCACGACAUCGUGUUCUGGUUCGGGGACCUAAACUUCCGCAUCGAGAGCUACGACCUCCACUUCGUCAAGUUUGCCAUUGACAAUGACAAGCUCCACCAGCUCUGGGAGAAGGACCAGCUCAACAUGGCCAAGAACACCUGGCCCAUCCUGAAGGGCUUCCAGGAGGGGCCCCUCAACUUUGCACCCACUUUCAAGUUUGACGUGGGUACUAACAAAUAUGAUACCAGUGCCAAGAAGCGCAAGCCAGCCUGGACAGACCGUAUCUUGUGGAAGGUCAAGGCUCCAGGUGGAGGCUGCAGCCCCUCAGGACAGGAGAGCCACCGGCUCCAGGUGACCCAGCACAGCUACCGCAGCCACAUGGAAUACACAGUCAGUGACCACAAGCCUGUGGCUGCCCAGUUCGUCCUACAUUUUGCCUUCAGGGACGACGUGCCACUGGUGCGGCUGGAGGUGGCAGAUGAGUGGGUGCGGCCCGAGCAGGCUGUGGUGAGAUACCGCAUGGAAAUGGUGUUCGCCCGUAGCUCCUGGGACUGGAUCGGCUUGUACCGGGUGGGUUUCCGUCACUGCAAGGACUAUGUGGCUUAUGUCUGGGCCAAACACGAGGAUGUGGACAGGAACAUCUACCAGGUGACAUUCAGUGAGGAAUCACUGCCCAAGGGCCAUGGAGACUUCAUCCUGGGCUAUUACAGCCACACCCACAGCAUCCUGAUCGGAGUCACUGAGCCCUUCCAGAUCUCGCUGCCUACCUCGGAGUUGGCCAGUAGCAGCACAGACAGUACAGGUGCCAGCUCGGAGGACGAGGAUGACAGCACCCUGGAGCUGCUCGCACCUAAGUCCCGCAGCCCCAGCCCUGGCAAGUCCAAGCGGCAUCGUAGCCGCAGUCCGGGCCUGGCCCGCUUCCCAGGCCUUGCCCUGCGGCCCACCUCUCGUGAACGCCGAGGCACCAGCCGAAGCCCCUCACCCCAGAACCGCAGCCUGGCCCACGUGGUCCCCAGCAGGUGCAAUGAUGGCGGCAGCCAGAGCAGUAGUGAGGGGACCUCUGGGCUGCCUGGCUCCUGGGCCUUCCAACCAUCUGUGCCUCAAAGCCUGGGCUUGCUACCUUCCUUGCGCCUGGAGACCGUAGAUCCUGGAGGUGGCAGCUCCUGGGGACCUGAUCAAGAUGUUCCAACCACCGACAGCCUGUCUCCCAGCCCCCAAGGCCAACAGAAGCUGGAGGAAGAGGGCCUAGGUCCCUGAAAGUGGGGUGGGAAGGUGGGCCCAGGUGGCUCUCACUCUGCCCCAAUCUUCUGCAAACCUGCCUGCCUCCCUUCUGUUGCUGCUCCAGCUUUAUCCACACCUGCCACUCUGUUCUGGCCAGGGGUGGCCAACUUGGGUCCCCCAAACUCGGUCCUGGCAUCUCAACUGUGACAAUCAGCAAAGCUCUAUCUAGCUCCCAUCUGGGAUGGGGAGAAACAAUCCUGGAGGUAAUCAAUUAGGAAU